AUGAGAAUAUUUCUCGAUCGUUCCAUAAACAUUCUUCCCCGCCCCCAAAACGGCGGCGUUUCCCUUUUCCCGUCCUCUAAGCGCCUCGUUUUGUCGUUCCCUCUUUCACCCGCUACACUCGGUGGCUGCUCAAAGAAACGAAUCCACCUGAACAUGGCCGCUCGGAGAUUCUCGGUCACCUGCAACGGCUUCACUUUCGACGUCGAUUAUGACGCCGGUGACGGAUUUCAGGUUUUCAAGUUCCAGCUCUUUUCCCUCACCUCAAUCCCUCCAGACCAGCAAAAGAUCAUCGGAGAAGAUGACGGCUCCGUUAUAUCGGAUGAUUCUGAUCUCUUGUCCUCGUCCGGGAAGCUGAAAUUGGUGUCGAUCGACGACGAAAAACACGAUGAGGAGAGCAGCGCGCGAGGAGAAUCAGGCGAUGAUACCAGUUCUUUCCUCAAAUCCGACGAGGAAUUCGCGCGAAUGCUUCAGGCGGAGGAAGAGGCGUUAAUGCUGCAGCAUGUUGUAGCUACUGAACAGAGUGAGCAGUUUGAAGAGAGGCUGCGGCCAUACGUCGAUAAAGUCCUGCUGUAUGAGGAUCCAGUACGCCAAGAGGCAGCUCAGAAGACGGUUCCUGUCGAUGAGCUUGAGGAGAAGGCAUUGGUUUCUUUGGCCAAGGAAGGGAGGUUUAAGCCAACAAAGGCUGAGCUAGACCAUGCUUUCCUACUCCAGCUGCUUUUCUGGUUCAAGCAGUCAUUCAGGUGGGUUAACGCUCCUCCUUGUGACUUAUGUGGCAAUACUACUGUUAACCAAGGAAUGGGUGCUCCUCUUCCCUCUGAAACAAAAUAUGGAGGGACUAGAGUUGAACUUUAUCGCUGUGAUUCUUGUUCAACCACCACUCGCUUUCCCCGCUACAAUGACCCCUUAAAGCUCUUGGAAACUCGAAGAGGUCGUUGUGGGGAGUGGGCCAACUGCUUUACACUUUACUGCCGUUCAUUUGGCUAUGAAUCUCGUCUGAUUCUUGAUUUUACUGACCAUGUCUGGACAGAGUGCUACUCCCGAGCUUUGGGAAGAUGGAUGCAUCUCGACCCAUGUGAAGCUGUUUACGAUAAACCACUGCUAUACGAAAAAGGAUGGGGUAAGAAGUUGAAUUAUGUAAUUGCAUUUUCAAACGAUGGAGUUCGUGACGUGACUAAGCGUUACACUAGGAAGUGGCUGGAGGUUUUGUCCAGGCGGAACAUCACCACCGAGCCGGUUGUAUCUGCUGCCGUCACCAAACUGACAAAUGAAUGCCGACGGAACUUCACAUCUUUAGCACUAUCCGUCCUCCAAGAUCGUGAUAACAAUGAGUCUGAGGAACUUGACAGAGAUUUACUUUCUCAAGACGAAGACUAUUCCUCUGUCUCAUUACCUGGAAGACAAAGUGGGGACAAGGAAUGGCGCCUUUCGAGAUCAGAAACCGCGCCUGACUCUAACGACUCUCUAAGCACUUCUUCCUGUCCAACUCGCACGUGCAUAGACAAGCACGUGACGAGGGUUCACAAUGCAAUUGCCCGUCUACUAUCUCAAUGUGUUGAGAAUUCGGUUCCUCGGUACAGGGUCUCCGAGAUAUCAAAUAUAUUCAGGAAGAUGCUGGUGGAUGCCAGGAAUUCUCCGCAUAAGGCGAGGAGAGUUGUCGUUAAUCCAUUUAUCAUGCUUUUGUUCCCAUACUUUGACGAGUUGCUCCGUGCUCUGUCUCUGAAGUUCGAGAUAGGUGGUUACGGUAGAGUGGAGGUGUGUCUAGCUGGAGAGCCUGUGUUUACAUCAUUGUCAUUGCCCGUCGUUUUGGAUGCACUGGAAGAUCUUAUUAACUCUCUGAACAAGAUCGAUAGUUUAGACGGAGAUUCCCUUUCUUUUCCGCUUAUAAAAUCAAACCGGAUUCAUUCAGGAAUGGUGGUUGCAAGUGGCGAAGAACUACCUUUUGGAAUUGUGAGUAGCGAUCUGUGCUCAGCUGACCUCUGUGUUGAGACUUUUCUCUAUAUUUACUUGAUUUGCAAAUGGAUAUGUUUGUUUCCCCCUUUUUGUUGGGUAUAUUUGCAGGCGACCUCGGCGUUUGAUGGAUUACGAGCUUCCAAAUGGGAGGAACCAAACGGUUCAAAAGGUGGAUGGAUCUUGUACAGACUAAAAGACGGCAUGGCAUGUGAAUUAGCGGCUUAUGAGAUAACGUCUGCCAACGAUGCCCCGGAGAGGGAUCCAAUGGAUUGGGUUGUAGAAGGAAGCAUUGAUGGUGGAUCCAACUGGCACAUUUUGGACAAACGAGCUUCCCAGGUGUUCGAAGAUCGAUUUCAGUGUCGAUCAUUCGAAGUUCAGCGAAAAGGUCUUUCCUGCAAUGUCUUCAGGUUCCGGUUUCUGGCAGUGAAAGAUAUUCAAUCUACUUCCCGGCUGCAACUGUGUAGUAUCAACCUGUAUACACGGGGCCAGUUAUCGCCUGAACUCUCUGAUUUUGAAGUCAUUGAUUAGGGCAAAACCCCACACAUGUUUCAUAUGUAUUUCAAAAUCUGUAGCAUCGGCAUUCAUUUUUUUAUUAGGUAAAUGCUACCUAUUAGUCUUCAAACAUCAGGAACUUUGAUGGGUGUUUUGGUCUGUACUUCAUUAUGCAUGAACAACGAUCUCUUAUCGAAUCAGUAUUUGUUUGAUCGAGUUGGGCCGCAUAUGUAUAACCCGCUGCACUUGUGCUUCUUUAUUCCUCUUCUUUUAUGUUA